CUAAUACAUUAUACCCUUUAUUUAUUCCAGGUCUUCUCAACUCCCACCUGAAAGCAGAUCAGGCAUCCUUCCAAAACAAGGGUGACAGUACUGUUUCAGCCAUGGUAACUAGAAGAAAGCCAGUGCCUGCAGAGUCCAUUCUGGUACAUCCAGCUUCAGUGUUAUCAUCUUUGCCGUUAUCAUCCAUGCCAUCUGAACCAGUCCGUCCUCCUCUGAAGAAGCGAUUCAAGCCUGCAGAGGUUGAAGCAGUCCAAAAUGAUUUAAGAAAGAUGUGCAGUUACACCAAGAUUCUGUCCACCAAAAAGAACUUGGAUCAUGUUAACAAAAUCCUUAAAGCCAAGAGGUUGCAGCGGCAAUCCAAGACAGGUAAUAAUUUUGUGAAGAAAAAGAGGGGGCGUCCACGGAAGCAGCCUCUUCCUUUGGAUGUAGACUGUGUAGACCAAAUGCCAAUCCUGGAGAAGUGCAUUGAUCUACCCAACAAACGGGGUCACAGACUUUGCUCAAAUGCUGCAGCAUUACAGUCUGCUGUCCGGGACUCUGUCAUGGAUACAAUUGAGGCUGUGAUUCAUAUGGCCCGUGAAACCCCACCUUCAAAGACACCACAGGAUGGGAAGAGAAAACAGAAAGAGCAGGAAGAAGUGAAAGUGAAACGAACCAGGAAAGCCAGAGGUACUGAAAGUGAAACUACUCCCUGAUAACUAAAUUCAAAAUAUUUUUAGCAUAACUGCUAAAAACAGAUGUACUGGAAUCUUUUAAGACUGUCUCAGGCCCAUUUGAAAAGAAAGAAAAGCUGUAACACCAAACAUCAUUGUACUUUUUUUUUUAAACUAGUGGCAGGCAGGUUGGUUCAGAUCUGGCUGAUCAAGUACUUUGGUGAUACCAGAAGUAGAGGUUAUAUUAAUUAAGGUACUUAAUUUACUAAGCAGUGUGGAGUUAUGACAAAAACAAAAACAAUUAUGUCUGAGUUCCUUCUGGAUGCAAGCUCUUCUGUUAGGAACAUGAUAUUCGUACUACCAGCAUAUCAUAAUUAGGUGUACAGAUAAAGCAACAGUACAUGAUGUUCACUAAGAAAUGUGAAUUUGAACUCUUUUACAACCAAUCCAAUGCUGACAUUUCAACAUACUGGUCUUUUACAGCAUUGUACAAACUGUCACGUGUGUUGCCAUGGUGUUUGCUGUUGGCAGAGAUGUUCAUGGGCCUUCUGCAUGUUUAACAGUGGUCAUUGUGGUAGGAAGUCUGCUUUAGCCACUAUUUCAGACCUCCUUGCCUAUUUCUGAGGUCUUGUGACAAUUCAGGCAAUAUAAACUGAGCCUUAAGCAAUUAUUUGCAUACCCAAUCACUGUCCACAAUAAUGUAGAUAAUUUUGUCACUGUCUAAUCUGAGUUUUGUAGAUGGCAGGAAUCUGACCAAAAAUCGUCCAUAGCAAAUUAGGCAUAUUCAGUUGUAUGUUUCUUUGGUGGCAGUAUUAAUAUGAAAGGUACUUUCAAGUAGAAAAGAACAGAAAAAAUCAUCCUGUAGUAAUACGUUUGAGAACUCCACUUAUUUUAUUUAUGAUUCCAAACUGGUAGUUUGAAAAACUGUUUAUUAUUUUAGUAAUGAAGGUGGCUGUCGUAAUUUUUCAGAUAUGUUGUAUAAGGGAUUUAAUAUACUUGUCUUAAAAAUAUUUUUUUAAUUGUUCCAGGGCGCCUGACAUUGCAGUUCUAUGCCACGCAGAAUCAGAAGUUCUAUGUGUGGUUGCCUUAAUAAAUUAAAAGUCUUUAACAUUUUUGUACAUAAUAUAGUAAUACAGCCAUCAAUCUGCGUGGAUGCAAACUUUGUGCACAAGGUCUCUCAUUUGGUCUGUUGAGUAAUACAAGCAAAUACACUUGUUAAGUUCUGAAUGUAACAUGUUCAAACCUUCCUAAGAGAGCCAUUGCCCACUAUUUAGUUUAAACAAAAAUAAGUAAACUGUCAAUGAAAAUUAAAUGUUCAUUAAUGUCAGUGUUCAUUUGUGUUUUGAAAUGGGAUUAAUCAGUACUGGUAAAUGUGUUUGCUUUAAUGUGUAGUUAAAGGCAAAAAACAUGGUGAAUUAGAUGUUGAAGGUUUUUGGGCAGUAAUAACCCAAUAAAUUAAGAAUAAGGUCACCUUCUUUUAAGUAAGGAACAUCAGUUGAUUACAACAUAACCAUCUGUAACUCAGAGAAGUACUGCAUUUAGCAGCAUAUGCUGCCUUUUCUGUGUUUCUUCACUGUGCUUCAAAAACAGUUUCACUGUGUGCUACUGUUGUGUAUCUGCUGUUCUUUUCUUUAACAUUCAUCUUUUUCUGAUUGCCCUUAGAUAGCCAUGAAUAACGUUUUGAAAUGCACAUCUGUUAAGCUUUUACAUUGUUGUCACAGUAUCUCUGUCUGUAUCCCGUCAUGCAUGUAAUCAUCACAGAUGUAAACCACAUUAUAUGCACUUAAAACAGUUCAGAACAAGUACCUGAACUGCAAACACAUUCCAAAGUAUCACUAUGGCUGUCAGAAUUGUACAUUUCUUCUCAAUAAUGCCACAGACAUCUGACAUUUGACAACCAGAAUCUGGUGUGCACACUUCUCCCCACCUCCCAAACCACCCUUCAUAUUUUGACAUAACUGAGGAAUAAGAUAUAACAUUUUUCUUUUUUUAUAUGACCCUUCUGUUUUAGUUAAAUACAUUUGAAAGAAGUAUGUUCUAAUUUCGGGUUGAGAUUUUUAUACGAGUGGGAUGGGCCACCAGGACCACAAAGUGUGGUCAUUUAUCCCUGACUUAAAAAUGAGUAACAAUACGUAGUUAAAAAAUACAUUGCCUGAACAACUUUCUUUGUGACUGAGUUCUCUUGCCUUGUAAAUAUUAGAUGCAGCAGUGGAUCAUACUAAAAUAAGUCACAUUUUCCAGAACCGUACACAAUCUCCAGGUGAUGUGUUAACCUUUACCUUUUUCACUGUAUUCAAUGUAUAUAUUUUUUAAAGGAUAUUUCCGCCUCAUUAUAUACUGUAAAAUGUGGUGAGAAACAUUUCCCGACAUACAAUUCUUCAUUGGCUAUAUAUUUUUUUGGUUUAAAAUCCAUAAAAAUCAGGAAAAAGACUGAAUGCACUAAAAGAGUUGUUAAUACAUAAUGCAGCUAAAAUUCUUGUUUAAAAGUGCAAGACCCUACACACAGUAGCUUAUUUUAAUAAAUACCACUACCAAAAUAACAUGAAAAAGGACUGCAUUAAGAAAAAUUGUAUACAUUCUGAGUUACAGUUUUAACCAUAGGUGGUGGUAUUAAGUGAGCAAAAUAUAUCAAGGUAAUUUUGUUCAGUAGAUUUACAAGACUGAGUUACUGAAAUGUUAGCUGCAAAAUGUUCUUAAGGUGACAAUAGCUGAUUGAUGGAUCAUAAUAGCCAGGCAUACACAAAGGUAUGCUGCCAGGAUAGUAGGGAUAACAUGUCACUAAAAUGAUUGAUGUUUGUGGACAUGUGCAGUAUAUUUAUAAAUUACACAAUAUAAAGUAACCUACAGCACAGUUUGUCUUACAAUUAUGCUUCUACUUUUACUACUAAUAAACCUAGCAGCUUGUUUCAGUGUAGUUCCAUGUGUUGUAGGGUGGCAUCCAUACUGUCUUCCUUCCUGCUUAUUUGCUGAAUGUGUUGCUGUCUUCGGGUGGGAUUUGUUUACAGCUUACCAAGCACAUCACUGUUAUGAGUAGUACUUCAGUGAAAGGUACUGUUCACGAGUCAUGGAAGGAACUUGGGGGACUUAUAAAAGUCAGCUAUGUGGUAUAUUGCCCUCAUCUACUCUCCAGAUUCCCACACAUAUGUAUGUGCACACACACACACACACACACACACACACACACACACACACACAUGUACACAGGCACACACAGCGGCAGUCUUUCAGUAAACCUUGUUAUGGGGAUUUUGCCUAGGUUUUCACGGCUACAUAUAAGAGCAUAUUGCCAAUAGAUCAUGCCAGGGGAAAAAUAAAAGCAGUUAUCUUCCUAUCAUUUAUAGCAGUCUGUUUAUCAGGAAUCAGAUGCCACUUUCCAUUGUACGGUACCACAGUAACUGACAUUUGAGGCAUUGCUGAACACAGAGAGAGUGUGGCUUUCUUUUUAAUAAACAAUGCUUGAGCCUCAUUUUCACAGUGAGCAUUCUCAAAACAGGCAACUAGCCUUUCAAUAGAAGUAAAAAAAAAAAAAAAUUGGACUGUAAUCCUGAACGAACUAAAAGCACAUCCUAAUUGAUUUGAACAUGUACGUUGUAUUCUUUAAAAUGCCUAUCUGUGUAAUAAAACACUACAAAAUAAUUAGAUUAUAGAACCGCUGCCAAUAAAGUAAACAUGGGCAUACUUAACCCCAUGUUGUUUAUCUUUGUUUUAAAGCUAUUUCUUAAUUAAAAGUGCACAUCAAGUGUUAUAUAUGUAUAUAAUAAAAGAAUGGGGCACAAGAUUGUUUUUCAAGUCGUGCUGGCUAAAUUUCAGUUUGUAUUCAUAAGUGGUUUUUAAAAGCCUUUUUUAAAGUGUAUUUGCAUGUUCUAUUGUAUGUAAACAUAUUUUAGAGGAAAACAAAUUGUAUUUGUAUUUUAAUUGAAUAUAGAAGCAAGAAAAAAUUGUACAUUGUUUGAAAUGUUCUUUUUUGUAACAGUUUUUAUUCAUGAGGCAUUUUUGUACAUUUCAGAAAUGGAUACAGACUUGCUGUUAUUUGAUGCUUUAGAUACAUCUGGCAUGCUUUAAUGUCAUGCUCCUUCAUGAUCUUAGAUGUUGGUUUUUAAGCAUUUUUUAUAAAAAAGAAAAAAGAAAGCUCAUUUUUUUUCUCUACCCGAUCAGGUAGUAGCAAAGAGCACUUAAAAAAAAUUAAUCUUAUUCAUAUGUUAUUCAUUGUGUGAAAUAAAGGAAUUCAGUUCAAAGUAA